AAACUUCAGAAUCGCUUUAUGCUCCCCUCGUGUCUUUCUUGCCCUUCCUCCGCACUUUCUACAUUCGAAAUGCCGCUAGCGUUGGAAACUGUUGCUCUCUUCAAACGUAUUUUUCUGGCUCCUCUCUGCCUCUUGCUUCCUUUCUAACCAUACUCACUUUCUCUCUUUCUUACUUCCUCCUUUAUUUGUACCACUAUGCUCCAUACCUGCUUCAUUUUCUUCUCUAUCACUAUCUCCUACCAUCUCUAACCCAAUCACAGCACAGCCGUGCUGAACCGCUGCCAUACCGAGUAAAGUUUGAUAUUUUAUCAACGAUUGAUCUCAUUCAAAACAGUCGGAAAUCCCUCGCCUUGACAGUACUCACUGCUCCGGACUUCGUUUAUUCAGAUGUAUUGUGGGAGUUGCUGUUCAUGUUAAGCAUAGCGGUGGUGUGUUUAAAUUAAUUUAGAAGAAAACAAAACUACAAACGACGACCCCUAGCGGUGACACUUGAACAUUUUGAUUGCGUGGCAACAGAUUCUCGGCGGUCAGACACAUAACAAGCAAGAUGGCUGUCAGAAGGGCUGUGAUACAGCUGGUUUUACUUUAUUUUUCCCCCGGCGUCCAAUGUUUUUUUGAACGCAUCAGCUGCACCAUAUCUUCUGACUGCAAUUGUGAUUUUAAACCAAAUAUACGAGGUUUGGAAUGGGAUCUGUAUAAGAAUCUCUACGGACAGCAUCUGGCCCAGGACACGGUAUCAGAGGAGGUGGCAAACUUCCUUCAGAAGGAGAGUCCAGACCGACCCCUCGUCCUGUCCUUCCAUGGGGGGUCAGGGACGGGCAAGACUCUGGUCAGCUCCAUGUUGGGGAGACACCUGUAUGGCACGGCAAUGGGCAGUCCCUACAUCCAUCAGUUUGUGCCAACACUACACUUCCCCUUGCCUGACCGCGUCCAACAGUACAGGCUGGAGCUGAAGGACUGGGUGCAGGGGAAUUUGACGGCCUGUGCCCGCUCCAUAUUCAUCUUUGAUGAGAUGGAGAACAUGCCCCCGGGGGUCAUCGACAUCCUGAAGCCCUUCCUCGGGCCAUCACACACCGUGUUCGGCACCAACUACCGCAAGGCCAUCUACAUCUUCAUCAGCACCAUUGGGGAGGAGGUGAUUCACCGAAUGGCCCUGGAGACCCGGCAGGCUGGCAAGGAGAGAGAGGAGAUCAGGCUGGUGGAUCUGGAGGAUGCAAUCUCACAGGCAGUGUUCAAUAACAGCAGAAGUGGAUUCUUCCAUUCCAGCAUCAUCCAGGAGAAGCUGUUGACCAGCUUUGUGCCCUUCCUGCCCCUGGGCAGACGCCAUGUGGAGCGCUGUGCCCGCAGAGAGCUCUGCCAACGGGGUGAGUGCCAGCGCACCGAUGUGGUGGAGGCAGUAGGGGGAGCCGUUGUCUACAUGCCCGAGCAGGGACAACACUUCUCCAGCAAGGGCUGUAAAUCUGUGCCGGCCAAAGUCAACCUCUUCCUAUGAGUUAAGGUGAAAGCCAUUUUUAAUUGUUAGAAUUGUUCCCAGAGCCUCAAACUGAUUAGGGUGGAUUGUAUCAGACGGUGAACUGAACUGUUUCUCAAUGAAGAUCAUCUAUACAUCUACACUACAAACAGGAGAAGAUUGAUUGUAUUCAAAGAGGCAUGUAGACUUUUGAGGCGGUCUGCACACACAAGGUCAGAGCUGCAAAGGCAGAAACAUUAACAUUGAUCACAUUUUUACUGUGAAUCUCUAGUGAUGUAUCCCCCGGCCCGGAUUCAGUUCAGAAACAGUGGGAGAGAUGUUCUGCAGUGUCUGGAACCGAGAGCCAGCCUCUACCUCCAAUCCAACAACCUUUCCUUUAAACAGAAAAGUGCAUCAUUGAAGUUCUGAGUGUAGUGUGGCCGUAGGGGAAUGCAUCAUGAUUUCACAAUUAUUGCUACUAGCUAACCCUGGUUGAAAGGAGACUGGUCACUAAAUGUUGUCAAAAUGAACCAGUGAUCUGUGACUUCAUUCAGGGAUGUGUACUUCCUCCAAUAGGAAUAGACUCUUCCAGGGAAGUAUAACGCUGACCAAAAGGGAGGCCAUAUUUUAAGGGGAAAGUAAGAGGUAAUGUUAAGGGAUAGUUUGGGAUUUUGGCAAUCAGGCCCAUUAUCUACAGUCAGAUGAAUUUGUGGAUAUGUUAGCAUUGCAUUGUGUCAUAUAUCCUUAUCUACCAGGUUUUGUUAAAUUGAAACAAUCUGUCAUUACUUGAAAGUUGAAUGAUCAAGCGUUAUCAUGGUGGGAUGACCAGGCAACUAGGAGCAGAGAAAGUGUGCUCCUCUUGCCACUCGGUGGCAGUAAAGGCUCUUUUGAUAGCCAAGGAGACGGAAUAGAACAUCUCAAGAGUUUUUCAUUGAAGAUUAUUCUUUUAAUCACUGUUUUUAAGAGUCUUUGUCAAAUUAUUUGUUGAUGAAAAGAGAAACAAAGAAUAAUUGAGAAAUGUUGGUUUGAAAUUAUUAUAUAUAUAUAUAUAUAUAUAUAUAUAUAUAUA